UCAAAAAUUUUCGUUUGCGAACUAAAAAGGCCCUCAGUCCUCAGCUUCAGUGCCUCACGCUUGCAACAAUAUCGUCCUCCCUGUCCGUGUACUGUGAAUCUGCCAUCUGUGACUUCGUGAGACAUGGCUCCAGCGAUGGCGAGCUCAGCAGCGACGGUGGUGCUGAUCCCGUUCUGCGUCUCCGGCCACCUCACGCCCAUGCUGGAAGUCGGCAAGCGGAUGCUGCGCAGCCGCUGCUGCGGCGACGACGACGACGGCCGCCCCGCCAUGUCGCUCACCGUGCUCCUCGCGCAGCUGCCGGAGUCCCACCGCGCGCCCGAGAUCGACGAGAUCAUCCGCCGUGAAGCGGCCGGCGCGUCGGAGCACUCCGGCUUCGACGUCCGGUUCCACUGCCUCCCCGCCGAGGAGCUCCCGGACUUCCGCGGCGGCGAGGACUUCAUCUCCCGGUUCAUGCAGCAGCACGCGUCGCACGCCAGGGAGGCCAUCGCCGGCCUCGAGUCCCGCGUCGCCGCCGUGGUCUUGGACUGGUUCUGCACCACGCUCCUCGACGUCACCCGCGACCUCGGCCUCCCCGGGUACGUGUUCUUCACGUCCGCCGCCUCCAUGCUCUCGCUCCUGCUGCGGUUGCCGGCGCUGGACAAGGAGGUGGCCGUGGAUUUCGAGGAGAUGGGAGGCGCCGUCGACUUACCGGGGUUGCCGCCUGUGCCGGCGGCUCUGUUGCCGACGCCUGUGAUGAAGAAGGGUUGCAACUACGAGUGGCUCGUGUACCACGGGAGCCGCUUCAUGGAGGCUGCGGGGAUCAUCGUCAACACGGUGGCCGAGCUCGAGCCGGCCGUCCUCGAGGCCAUCGCCGACGGCCGGUGCGUGCCGGGACGCCGCGUCCCGGCCAUCUACACGGUCGGCCCCGUGCUGUCGUUCAAGACGCCGCCCGAGAAGCCGCACGAGUGCGUGCGGUGGCUCGACGCGCAGCCGCGAGCGUCGGUCGUGUUCCUCUGCUUCGGGAGCAUGGGCAGCUUCGCGCCGCCGCAGGUGCUCGAGAUAGCCGCCGGCCUCGAGCGCAGCGGGCACCGCUUCCUGUGGGUGCUGCGCGGCCGUCCACCCGCCGGCUCGCCGUACCCGACGGACGCCGACGCCGACGAGCUCCUCCCGGAGGGGUUCCUGGAGAGGACCAAGGGGAGGGGCAUGGUGUGGCCGACGUGGGCGCCGCAGAAGGACAUCCUCGCCCACGCCGCCGUGGGAGGCUUCGUGACGCACGGCGGGUGGAACUCGACGCUGGAGAGCCUGUGGCACGGCGUGCCGAUGGCGCCGUGGCCGCUGUACGCGGAGCAGCACCUGAACGCGUUCGAGCUCGUGCGCGACAUGGGCGUCGCCGUGGAGAUGGAGGUGGACAGGAAGCGGGGCAACUUGGUGGAGGCGGCGGAGCUGGAGCGCGCGGUGCGGUGCCUGAUGGACGAGGGAUCGGAGGAGGGGAGGAUGGCGAGGGAGAAGGCGGCGGCGGCGAAGGCGGCGUGCCGGAACGCCGUGGACGGAGGCGGGUCGUCGAUAGCGGCGUUGCGGAAGCUCACGCAAGAAAUGGCCCACAUGUCAUCCAUAUAGCUAACAUAAAUACGGAGUAUCAGGCAGCGAGUAUGCACAAGAUACGGUAAGUAUCGAACUAUCGACAGCAUCAGGCAGCGAGUCAUCAACCGAUCAUCAUGAACAAGUGGAAGUCUGGAUGAGAUAAGUCGGCAGUCAGAUGGACGAGGGGAUGGACAAGAUCAUCCUUAUUGCCAGAUCCUAGAGAAUGUGAUGGGUGUAUGCCAAAUCCAUGAUUUUUUUUCUUUAAUAUAUUGAUUCCGUGCAAAAAUGUAGACACUUCUCUAUCUGGACGAAUGUUUGCCAAUAUAUAUAGCUAAAAGUUACUACUCCCUCCAUCUUAAAAUUUUUGACACCGUUGACUUUUUA